GGAGUCGGGCGGAAAGAGGAGCCAUCACAGGGCUCCGGAACCGCGGCAGGAGAAGGCGCCUUCGCCAGGAUUCGCAGGCGGAAAUCCUACCCUUCCUUUAAGGUUCAGUAAAAGUGCCAUCACCUGCAUAAAGCCGUUUCCCAAAGAAAAACACCCCUGUUCCCCACGUGAGGGCUUGAACUUGUACCGCAUUGGCUGAGACUGAGGAAAUGUUGAUGGUGGAUUAACAUUAUUUCUACAACCCAUGCAUACGAGGAAGGCUUAGGCUGUUGAUCUAAGAAAGAUGAUGCCUUCAGAGGCUGCACUGGUUACGUUAAAGACAGACCUUACCUGCAGAGAUGGCUUGGAAGAGGAAGAAUCUGGGAAAACUCGUCAGAGAAAAUGUCUAGAAAUUAUAACUCAUGUAACCCUUGCCAAGGUUAAUUGUUGUUUUCUCAUUAUUGCGGUCCUGACUACAUGCGUUAUUGCAUUUUCUGUUGUUUUGUCAGAGAAAAAGGCAACAAUAGAGCAUCAUGUGUAUGCUGUCUGCCCAGAAAACUGGAUUGGAUUUGGAAGCAAGUGUUUUUAUUUUUCUGAAGAUGCAAGAAAUUGGACUUUCAGCCAGACCUUCUGUGCCUCAUUAGAAGCCAGUCUUGCUCAGUUUGAAACCAUGGAAGAAUUGAAGUUCCUCAGAAGAUACAAAGGCUCUUCUGAUCACUGGAUUGGCCUUAGCAGAGAACCAUUACAUCACACUUGGAAAUGGACAGACAGUACUGAAUAUAAUUUCUCGGUUGCCAUCAGAGGAGUUGGAGAAUCUGCCUACCUGAAUGAGUUAGGAGUCAGUAGUGCCAGCGUCUACACAGAGAGGAAAUGGAUUUGUAGCAAGCCAAACAGUCAUAGUUAUAGUUGCCAAAGUGCCUUAAGCUCUUCAUCCACUGUAAUUUGUUAUAUACAGUUGCUGCUCUGUUUUUUUGGGUCUGCCUGAAGGAAAUGGCUAAUGGACAUCUGUGGUCAGCACCCAAGGACGUGUUCACUUGGUGAACUCACAUAUGAGUUAACAACCAAGAAAUAUCAAGGAUUACAAACAAUCCUUGAGAACGUUUGAAGUUCUGAGAACACUUUCUUGGGAUGUUCCCAGGAGGUGCAUUAUAGAUAACC